GUGCUAUAGAGCAGUAGGACGUCGAUCGAUUGUAGCUUGUCAAGACCAGGUGGCAGUGUUGCUGCGUUUAUCCAGGUAACCGAAACGCUGGAUCCCUCACAGGCGAGUUGGGUGGGGAGCCGGCUGACGUUAGUUUAGUGUUACGUGAAGUGAUUUCAUCUAGUUUCUGAUAUUUCAAGAAGGCUUUUUAAAAUGGCUUAUUUAUUACACAAUGCGUGGGAUUAUUACAACAAGACUAUGGAAAAUGGGGACCGCCGAGUCCAGGAAUGGCCACUUAUGCAAGGACCAGGACCCACCAUCACCAUUUGUCUCUCAUACGUCUACUUCGUUAAAGUGUUAGGACCAGCAAUUAUGAAGAAUAGAGACCCUUUGAACAUGCGUUGGUUGAUGGUGGCAUACAAUUUCUUUAUGGUUUUUGUCAGUAUCUACAUUUUUGUUAGGCUUGGUUUUCUUGGGUGGUUUGGAAAAUUCAAUUACAGGUGCCAACCAGUGGAUUAUUCGAAUAGUCCUGAGGCAACUGAGAUGGCUCACCUGGCUUGGUGGUACUACAUCUCGAAGUUUGUAGAGUUCACUGAUACCAUUUUCUUUGUGCUGCGAAAGAAGUUUGGUCAUAUAUCUACUCUUCAUGUUAUACAUCAUGGAGUCAUGCCUAUGAGUGUCUGGUGGGGUGUUAAGUUUACACCUGGUGGCCACAGCACAUUCUUUGCAUUUGUGAACAGCUUAGUACACAUUCUUAUGUACAUCUACUAUGGUUUAGCUGCCAUUGGUCCACAUAUGUACAAGUACUUGUGGUGGAAGAAAUACAUGACUGGAAUUCAGAUGGUUCAGUUCAUCAUGAUUUUUGUACAUUCUUUCCAACUCCUGUUCCGUGACUGUGACUAUCCAAAGGGUUUUAUGUGGUGGAUUGGCUUCCAUGCUGUUCUCUUCUGGUUCCUUUUCUGGGACUUCUAUAAAAAUGCCUAUGGAAAACCUAAGAAAAUGGAAACUACUCUUUCUAAUGGAACCAAGCAUAUGGCAAAUGGCAAAGCAAAUGGCAUUGUAAAUGGCUUGAUUAAAGAAAAUGGCAUUCAUCGAAAUGGCAACAUUCAGAAGAAUGGCCUGCACAAGAGACAUGAAAACAGCAGCAAUGGUGUCAGCAUGAAUGGGAAAAAUCAUGAUCUUUAAUAUACUGUUGUACUUAUAUCUAUAUAUAUAUGGUGGAACAAUUCGUCAAAUUAAUGUAUUUUGGUAAUAAUGUUGAGCAGUAGUUGUUCUGGUUAGCAAAAGUUAUGAUUUAAAAAAAAACAUUUCAUUUUUGUGAAUUGGUAAAUAAAAUUACUACAAAAGGAAUCAGUUAUUCAAGUUGCUGGUCUCCAAGUUUCAAAUUUCUACCCAUUUUAAGACAAAUUUGCUUACCAGGCCUCUGCUGGUGAUGUUACCCAGACAUCAACUAUGGGCAUGUUGGAUAUUAUCAAUUUCUAUAACAGUGUUUAGUUCACUUGAAUUUGAGCAGAAAUAAACCUCAAAAAGCUUUGGCAGGUUUGCUCAAGCAGAAAUCAGUAGUCAUCAUCAGUAGAGCAACCAUAAUUUUUAGUUUAAUUAUGAGAUUAAAAGGAAAUAUAUAUAUAUAUGUGUGAGUGUUUUAUUUUUCCUUUUGCAGUAAAUUUUUUUGUCGUCUCCAUCACUUUCAGCUCCCUUUGACAUGCAACCAUUCAUUUUUAUUUCAAUAUAGGAUGAACCAUAUUGUUGUAAAGUUGGUAAUCGAUAUGUUAAAUAAUCAGGUCUAGUAAACGUUUUUGUGGAUGUAUCUUCUCAAUAUUUGACUUUUUUGCACUUCUCCAUGUUACUUUUGGAGAUUUUUUUAAUGUAUGUUUUUGAUGUAAAAAUUUAACAUAAUAAUUAUUUUACAUAGUACUGAAACUAAUUAUGCAAAGAGGAGUUAAUUUGUUUUAAUUACUUGAGCUUUACAUUAUAUGACAAUUUGUAAUGGUGUUUUUUUCAUGUUUAUUCCUAGCUAGAUUUCACUCUGCACUUUCUUCGGUUUAGAUUGUAAGGUCCCUUUUGAUACCUUACUCUGCAAAAACCAAACUCAAAAAAAGCUGGUGACAAGAGCUGAAUCUUAUUCUCUUGUAGCACAAGAUAGGUGCCUUAACACCAUCUAGGCAUAGCAAAUGAUUAACAUAAAUAAGAAUGUAUUUCAUUGUUCUUGCUUUUUAUACAGCUUUUGACCCACAGUGGGAUGACUCUUCACGAAAAUUCUAAAAUCUUUGCACCUAAUCAUGUGAUUCGAUGAAAUUAUAGCAGUUUGUUUUCUGUUCAUAUUUAUAGUUGUAAAGUUUUACUUUUUUUAAAUUUAGUUUGAUAACAAAUCUCUACAGCAUUUCCAGUCCUUUGUGUUCAGCAUGAGAUAUUUAUUUGGGCUUUUAACAGUACUUAAAGGUGUGAGUGAGCAACUUUUGCAUCACUCUGUACUUAUAGUAUGUUGAUAUAACUCUGCACUGCCAACUGUUUAAGGUUUUUUGUUCUUAUGAAAGUUUAUGUCUACUUAACAGUACAUUUCCUAGCAUUAUAAUUGUUGGGACCAACAUAUAUGAGACUAUUUCUUGCAGCUGUUUGUUAUCUAGUUGUUAUCCUUUUCUAAUAAGGAUGAGUUGUGCAUUUGAUUCAAAAGCAAACUGCCGCCAAGUAUUUACAACAUAACAGUUGCUUGUUUGAUUUCAAAUUAAGCGAAAGGCUUGCAAAAGUGGCAGUGAACUCAAUAGGAAACUUUGUACAAAUAUUGAUGUAUAAGCCAAUUUCUGGAAUGCUUUAACAAAUAAAGGUUAUUAUCACUAAA